AUGGCUAGUCCUACUGUUCUUAUAUUCGAUGCUGCAGUCGAUUUUGACGUUUGGGUGGAUGACUUGCAACUCUGUCUUUGGUGCGACUCUAGGGACGGAGUCUCACUUUUCGAUCACACGUCCGGCGCCUCUGUUGCACCCGCAGCCGACGCUGACAUCAGGGACCACUUUCUCUCCCUUUGCCCCACCGAGCUCACCGUAGACAUGCUCGAAGAGCCCCUCACUGCAGCUGAGACUAGCAUAGUUGCUGUAGGAGCUUCUCGCAACGACCCUCGCGCCCCUUUCUUUGAGGGUGUUCCCCCGUUCCCCUUUUCCCCUCUGUUGCUUUUGCUACUGCUGACGACCUCAUUGGCACCGAGGUGGUCGGCGCUACGUCUGCUACUAGUGGGAGGAGCCGCAGCAGCAAGGGCAAGGGGGGCAAGGGUGGUGGAGGGCACGGCGGGGGCGGCGCUGGUGGCGGUGGAAGAGGCGGAGGGGGUGGGGGUGGAGGUGGGGGUGGAAGCGGGAGUGGGGGCGUUGGUGGCGUCGGUGGCGGCGGUGGUGGUGGGGGCGGCGGCGGCAGCGGUAGUGGGGGUGGUGGCGGCGGUGGUGCUGGUCGGGGUGGAUCCGUGUAGCGUGGAGGCUUUGGUAGUGGCCAGCGCCAGCAGCAGCCGCGUUCUCGUGAGGCCCCAUCCCCCCAGCAGCUUCGUGAGUGGUACGCUGGGCGUGGGAGGUCUGGGGGUGCUGGUCCCUGCGCUUACGUUCUCCACACCGGCGAGCGCCGUGGGGAGACGUGCGGGCUGCCACACGCGACGCAGCGCUGCUUCGGUUGCCUGA